AUGGUGCUGUGUUUGCUUACCGCGGCAUGGAUAGGAAAUUGCGAGCGCCCUCCGCAAAGCCUUCGCCUGGGUGUGAUCAUGUCAAUCUUUUUGCAGACCCACAACCCGAGCCUGCCAAAGACCCAAACUCGUACUGCAUGGCUAACAAUGAACGUUCGACGCGAGAAAAGCGAAGUCGGAAAGGGCUACGCACCCUUGCAGGAAACAAUCGGCGUGACGAACCGCUAUUUUCGCGGUCGAAAUGUCAUAAUUUGCACGACGCAGGUUGGUUUCGGGAGGACGUUGGUGCAACACCGAGAUGUGGCAGGGAGGCGGAUCCCGAAGCAGAGCAGGAGGAGCUGUCGCAGCUUUCAGGCCGCCCUGUGCGGUUUCAGGAAGAUUGGGUUCGUGAGCAAUUCGAGGCGGCAGAUGCAGUCGCGCGAAUGUCCUGGAAUGCAACGCCGGGCAGAAAGAGUUUCUUGUGGCCCCCAGAAGGAGAUCAACCCAUGCGUGGAGUGGAUGCGAGUAGUACAAGUGAAGGAAAGGCGAGAGCAUCUUCGGUUUUCAGCGAUGGCGGAGCAUACGCAGAGGGAGCGGGCUCGACACGCGCACUCUUCGAGAAAAAGGAGCCAUUUGUACGAGUUGCCGCAUCGCAGAUAUGCCCCCGACACUGGAACCAAAACGCUGCGCAGCGCAUUAUUGAAGAGGCGGACAAGGUGGGGCUUUCGAGUGGUUCAGUACUUCAAAUCUUGCGGGACUUGCGAGCGAAGAAAGUGCGUGCCGUGGAGCUUCUCGAGCGAUUGA